AUGCCUCAAGUUGAUCUUGAAACACUAGUCUCCGCCUGUGCAGGCGGCGGAACUGACCGGAAAAUUGCGUGUGAAACCUUGGCAGACGGCCGAGUCGAGAGUGAUGACAAGCGAGAUAAUCAUGAUUCCGUCGACGACUACGAAAAGAGAGUAGCUCCGGAUCUUCUGCCGGAAUCCUUCUUGAUAUCGAAAGAUGCCGAGUUUGAUUGGUUCGACCGCAACGCUUUUUUGGAGCGUAAGGAGUCAGGCAAAGGUUUCAACCCGAAUUUGAACUCAAGUUCGAAUUCGAGUUCGCAGAGGUUCGCGAAGUCGAAGGCUUCGAUAAUCGGGCUUCCCAGGACUCAGAAGAACAACUACGCCGACUCGAUGCGGAGGAGUUGCAGCAAACCGGCGAAUUUCCGUCUUUUCCCGCCGCGGCGGGCGGAGUCGAUGGGGAAACCGGUAGGCGAACCGUCGUCCCCCAAGGUUUCGUGCAUAGGAAGAGUACGAUCGAAGCGCGGUCGCCGGAAAUCUUCUCCGGAGAAAUUAGAAAAAUCUAGAAGCGUCGGAGGGAAGGGGAAAACCGGGUUCUACUCGCGGUUAGUUUCCGUGUUCUUAUCCAACCGGGGAAAGAAACCGGCGGAGUCAAAGACAGAGCAGCAAACGCCGUCAAGGAAGAGCGCGAAGGAGACAAAAAGUCGUCAAGUACCAGUGAGUAUUGAACCGCUAGCUGAGCCGCCUGGUUUGGGAGGAAUGAAGCGGUUCGCGUCCGGCCGGAAGUCAGAAUCGUGGGGAGCGAAUGAAAUCAACGCGGCGGUUUCCGAUGCUUUUGGUACGGAACGGCGAUGA